GGGUGUGACGUCACCAAAACGUUUGACCACCACUGGAAAUCACUAGCUAGUUACUAUCUGGAGGCGUAACAUGUGGAGGACACUGGUGUAGAAACAGCUGAUCCUUAAGUUCGGUUAAGUUAAGUCGUGCAUGAACCCGACAUGACAGUUCUCUCGGUACAAUUAUAAUAAUCAAAUUCAAGCGGAUAACCAAAUGGAAAUGGUAUUUACCAUUUUGGCAACUUAUCCCCAAACAGCAUAAAAUGGCCAACAAUAGAUGAGAAAGGGAUUGUCGAAAACCAUUUCAACAUUGAAUGGGUUUCCAAAUGUCAUUGGUCAUUGGUGCCAUUGCAGAUGCAAGCAGUCUGUGAUCGUACAUGUAAAAUAUUGGAUUUGUUUAUUGGAUACCCAGGCUCGGUGCAUUACAGUAGAGUGUAGGGGAUAGUAGCUAUCCAUUAGAAACCAAUUUAUUGACACCCUAUAAAGAUAGAGGAAAUUUAACUGCCAGACAAGUAAAUUACAAUGUCAAACUUUCAAAAAACUGAUAUGUGAUUGAGUACUGUUUUGGGAUGCUUAAACAAAAAUUUAGGCAGCUGUACCAUCUAAAAAUCAGAACUAUUGUGCAUAUGAUUCGAGCUGCAUGUGUUCUCCAUAAUAUAGCCCUAGAAGACAACUUUGUUUUCAGUGAUGACUCGGACACCAAUGAAAGACAGCAUUUUCAAGCUUAUGGUUAACAUGAGAAUUUUGACAAUGAGCCUGAAGAUGGCACUGCUCAAGUUGUAAGAGAUAGGGUAGCAAACAGCUUAAUGUUGUAAUUGUUUCUGAAUAAACGGUUAAUGAUGACAUGUGUAUUAUUUAAACAAGAGCAUCAUCCUUUAAUUGAAG